AUGGCUAAAAGAAUUGCAAAGAAAAUGAUAGUUGGUGAUGCUAGUGAAGAGUAUAGCAGGGUGUGGGAUUAUGCGGAAGCAAUAAGGAGGUUUAAUCCAGGGAGCACUGCAAUCGUGAAAUGCAUUGGAAUAGACGCACCUCCACCCUUGUUCCAAAGGAUAUAUGUAUGCGUGCCAGCAUGUAAGGAGGUUUUUGUUGCUGGCUGUAGGCCUAUUAUAGGUGUUGAUGGGGCACAUUUGAAGGGACAAUUCCCUGGGGUUUUGUUGACUGUUGUAGAAGACCUAAGGUCGGUUAGUCCAUCGAGUAGUUGGGUACAAGCAGGAUGUGAAGAUUUCACCUUCAUGAGCGAUAGGCAAAAGCUGAAAUUAGGUUCUGCUGUAGGCAUAUAUGGGCUAACUUCAAGAUCAAGUUCCCUAGAGAGUUGUUCAAACAUCACUUUUGGAAAGCAGCAAGAGCUUACAACAAGAGAAAUGAAUGAAAUAAAGAAUAUUUCUAUUGAAGCAUAUGAAUAUCUAGCUACUAUUCCUGCUAAACACUGGUCUAGGCAUGCUUUUUCUAGUAAGAGUAAGUAUGGGAUGUUGUUAAAUAAUUGUUGUGAGUCAUUCAAUAAUGUGUUAGUAGAAGUAAGGAGGAAGCCUAUAAUUUCUCUUAUGGAGUGGAUUGAAAAAAAUGCAAAGGACAUAUAUGGUUUAAGGGUAAUCCCAGUGGAUGUGUCUGAGUUUGAGGUGGAUGAUGAUGAAGAAUCUUACGUUGUAAACUUGACCAACAAGACUUGCCUUUGUGGAAGCUGGAAUCUUAUUGGGAUCCCUUGUAAAAUUGCCAUGGCUUAUAUUGUUCUUAGAAAAUUUGAUGCCAGCGAAUUUUUCCAUGAGGCGUAUCUUGUAGAAACGUAUGCAAAGACGUAUGCUCCAAAGUUUUAUGGUAUGCCAGGACACAAAAUGUGGCCGACAACCACUUUAGCCAAACCACUUCCUCCACCAUUUCGAAAGAUGCCUGGAAGGCCUAAAACAAGGAAAUGA